CCCAGAAGUAAACUUUGUUAUCCUCUUUGGGAAUUAAGUUAGUACCCUAACCUUCUCCAAGUGGUUUUAUUUUCUUAAUUGGGUUGUUCAAGUUUUAAAAAAAAAUUUAUGCAAUCUAAUUUUAUCAUUUUAUUAAUUUAAAUGACAUUUGUUUAUAAAUAAUUCCAUGCGUGCAUCAUUUAAGUUUUUGUCCACAAUGGAACAUGUCAAAGAACGUGUAUUUCAAGCUUUUUCCCAUAGCCCUCAUAAGGGCGAAAUUUUUGAAGGAAAAUUGAAGAAAUUGUUGGCUGCCAUGGAUAAGCUUACUGCUGAUGAUGUUAAGUUGGACAAAAGCCUCCUAAAUGGCCCUCAUUCAGCUCCUGUUACUUAUGUAGAGAUUUUAGAACAUCCUAAGUAUACAAUUAACAUGUUUGUUCUGAGGCCAGAGAGCAAACUUCCUCUCCAUGAUCACCCUUUGAUGCAUGGGAUAUGUAAAGUGGUAUGCGGGAAAGUAGUAAUUCGAAACUUUUCGCUAACAGAAGAUUCUUCUACUAUUAGAUUAGAUAGGGUAUUGACUGUGAAAGAACCAGAGAGAAUAGUGACUGAAAAAGAUCCAGCUGUACUGCUUACUCCAAGCAAAGGUAACAUCCAUGAAAUUCAAGCAAUAGAUGGUGGAGCUGCAUUUGUCGAUGUUUUGGCACCUCCAUACAUGUCUGAAAUUGAAGGACUUGGCCCUCGGCCAUGUAAUUACUUCAAGGAAGUUGGAGAAAAGCAGGGGUAUACUGAACUCAUUAAAAUUGAGAAAGUUCCUGAAUAUUGGACUGAUGUUUCUCCUUAUCUUGGCCCUUAACCAAUGAUUUUAUUAGUGAUUAUCUUUUUUGUAUCUAGAUUAAUGUAUUACAUACAUAUAACUUUAAACGCCCCUGGCAUUACAGAAUUGUGAUAGUAAGCUUUAUGUACAAUUAAGUACUGAUUAAAUUUCUGUUUAAUGAUUACCAGCGAUUAAUAGUAGUGGGUUUAAAAUUGUCGAUAAUCUUUUCAAUGGAUGUAUCUAUCUAAAAUACUGUUUAUUAUGAAAUUUUAGACACUAAUCCUCUUUCUUAUAUAUUUAUGAUUUUUUUUAUAGCUGCUAUUUUAUCUAAAAUUUUUGAUGGGGAAAUGGGUAGCUUUUCUCAAGUAACUGAUUUUUCAAACUUGCUGAUGUAACAUGUAAUAAUUUUACAAAACAGAUUUAAAAUGAAAUAAUAUGCCUUUUUAUACAAAUGAAAUGUAACAAAAUAUUGAUUUUAGGAAUAACUUUCAUCAUGAUAUUUAUAUACUAUGUAUAUGUACAUAUCAUGAGUACAGUGUCUAUUUGUUGAAUUUGAAAACUGUGUUUCACACACAACUGUCAACAAUGAUGUGCUCAUUUACAAGUUAUGAAAAUAUUUAUAUUUAAUUAUGGCUAUCACUAUGAGGAAAUGAACUGUAUGUGUUUUUGUUAUGCACCAUGCUGGUUUUAUUUGUGUAAAUUUUAUAUCUUUAUUAUUUAUUUAAAACUUCUUUAAGAGUGUGGUAAACUGGCCACUUGUAUUGAAAAGAAAUGUGAUAUGUAUGUUUAGUGGAAUUUGUACUUUAAUAAAUGGGAAGUAGUUUAAUUGAGAUAUUAAAAAUUAUUCGUGUAUUGAUAUCAAUGUGGCUGUAAUGAAAUUUUUCAUAACUAAGUUUGGGUUUUACCUAUAUUAUUGUUUAAUGUUUUCAGUAAUAAACUAUUUUUUGUUA